GGCUUGAAAGUCCCUGAAUUAUUAAACUGAGUGCACAACUCUCUCGUACCGAUAUAUUUGCGCAAGGGAUAAUCCUACCGUGCGACCAGCCCCUCUUCGAUCAUUAGCAAUACUUUUUAUGUUAUCAGCCCUGUUGCAGGACCCUUUCUAGGCCAGACCAGGGUUUGUCGAUAAAGACCAACAAAAAUAAGCAGAAUGGCGCCACCAUCAAGAAAUUGUUUCCGUCAACUCUUUAUGACAUAUCAGUCAAAUCGAAAGGUUUUUGGUGGCAGUGAGCAGGAAUCCAGAUCCGAUGAAAAAAUAGUACAACCCGCCCAGAAGUAUGUAUUUGCACACGUUGUGAUGGGCAAUACUGCUCACCAUACUACCGACGACUGGGCAACCGACAUAAAAACUGCCCAGGCUGCAGGAAUCGAUGCUUUUACACUCAACAUUGCCACUGGUGACACAAACAUCCCAACACAGGUUGAAAAUGCCUUUAACGCUGCUACAAAUCUCGGCAGUAGCUUCAAACUAUUCUUCUCUUUCGAUUAUCUAGGUGGAAGUGGAGCCUGGCCGGCUACGGGCUCGUCCUCGGUUGCAUCAUAUCUCAAUAAAUACGGGGUAAGUUCUGCAUACUUCAAGUACAACGGACAAAUCUUUGUAUCCACUUUCGAGGGAGUGAACAACGCCGGGGAUUGGACUCCUAGUGGUCCCAUCCGGAGCGCUGUUCAAGGUACUGCUGGCUCCAUCUACUUCGUCCCCGAUUAUACGAGCUUGGGCCCGGAUGGAUUCAGCGCACAACUCAACAAUGUUCAAGGUGGUUUUAGCUGGGAUAUGUGGCCAUCUGGACCAGUAAAUAUGACGACCGCAAACGACCUUGCUUGGAAAGAGACUUUAGGUGACAAGGCUUACAUGAUGGGUGUCUCCCCUUGGUUCUUUCACAGCGAUGCAAACCCAAUCGCAUGGAUGUGGAGAGGUGACAAUCUUUGGUCUGAACGCUGGCAACAAGUUCUUGAAGUUCAGCCUCAAUUCGUCGAAAUCGUGACAUGGAACGACUGGGGAGAGUCGUCAUACAUCGCGCCCCUGUUACAUGACGAGGAGGUGCCUGCAAACUCCCUUAAAUACGUUCAAAACAUGCCACAUUCUAACCUCCUCACCCUUUUGCCAUACUACAUAUCUCAGUACAAAGGCAUGAAAUCUAAUGCCACUACCGACUCUAUGCAAUACUGGUACCGCACGUCUCCCGCCGCAGCUGGUUUAACAGGAGGCGUGCUUGGCAACAAUCCGAACCAAGGACAGGUAGAAUACAGUCCCAACACUCUCUGUGAGGACAAAGUCUUCUUCACAGCAUUGUUGCAAUCGGCUGCCGAUGUGCACGUGCAGAUUGGCGAGUCACCAGUGACGAGUUAUUCUGGAAAAGCUGGCUUGAACACUUGGAGCCAAGGGUUUUCAGGGCAGACUGGCAAUGUAACCUUCUCUAUUGUCCGUAAUUCGCAGACAGUCAAAUCUGAGAGCGGAACUGAGAUUACGGCGGAGAGUUCGGUAGUUGGCGGUCUCACCAACUUUAAUGUUUGGGUUGGAGGCUUCUAGGGCUCCAAUUGCAGGUUGCAAGUCUUUUGAGAAGGAAUGCAACAUUUGGAGAAGAGAAGAGAGCAUGGUGUUGAGGGUGGCGAUAUCUUCGAUUUCAACGUGCUUUCAAAGCCACUAACGUCUCAAGUGGCUUAUCUGAAAGCACGAAUCUUUUACAUUUCCUACAACCACAUUUUUACAGCACAUUUCAACGAUUUUCUAAGGAUUCAAAGAUAGAUGGGAUGAAACUAGAUGGCUUGGUCUCAUGGCAGGGGUUGGAUUUACUUUCUUUUCGCUCUUUCAGCAUUUCUAUUCGAUUCGUUCUGUUUAACGACAGCUGGGAUGGCAGAGCUUCUCCCUUUUUUUUUUCUCUAUAUACCCAAUGUUUAGAUAUCCAGCAUUGUGUAUAUUUACACACACCUCGGGGCAUGGAUUAUGGGAUAUGGGCGGACUAUGAACUAUGAAGGUCUUUUUUUUGUUGUACAUGUAUUAUGUUACCUUCACUUUGUAUACUAGAUUAUCAGCAUGUCCAUCUAGGCAUAUACCAUUCACUUGACAAUGAAUUUCACAUUCGAAC